GGCCGCGCAGCGUGUGACGCCGCGGCUGCCGCGGAGCUGGGGAUUAAUGGGAAAAGUUUUGGCAGGCUUCGGGGGAUUCUGCGGAGCCUGCGGGACGGCAGCGGCGGCGCGGGAGGCGGUCAGAACAGCGUUGUGUGGUGUUUUGGGCAUGCACGCGGCACUCACGCAGUGGCUUCUGUUCACCAACAGAUGAGGACAGAUGCACCAAAGAGGCUGACGGGAACUGCCCUGUAGAGGUCCAUCUGCGUCCAGACCCAGAUGAUGCCAGAGCUAUGACCGGGCCUGCAGGCGUGGCGCCGAGGGGACACCAGCCAUGGAGCAGCCACCGGGGGAAGCCCCUGAGGUCCGGCAAGAGGAGGAGAAAAAGGAAGUGGCUGAGGCAGAAGGAGGCCCGGAACUCAACGGAGGACCAGAGCGCUCGCUUCCUUCCAGCAGCUAUGCAGACCUCUCCCAGAGCUCCUCACCACCCUCACUGCUGGACCAGUUGCAGAUGGGCUGUGACGGGGCGUCGUGUGGCAGCCUCAACAUGGAGUGCCGUGUGUGCGGGGACAAGGCAUCAGGCUUCCACUAUGGUGUUCACGCAUGUGAAGGCUGCAAGGGCUUCUUCCGUCGGACGAUCCGCAUGAAGCUAGAAUACGAGAAGUGUGAGCGGAUCUGCAAGAUCCAGAAGAAGAACCGCAACAAGUGCCAGUACUGUCGCUUCCAGAAAUGCGUGGCCCUGGGCAUGUCGCAUAAUGCCAUUCGCUUUGGCCGGAUGCCGGAGGCUGAGAAGAGGAAGCUGGUGGCAGGGCUGACGGCAAGCGAGGGGGAUCAGCACAAUCCGCAGGUGGCUGACCUGAAGGCCUUCUCCAAGCACAUCUACAGCGCCUACCUGAAAAACUUCAACAUGACCAAAAAGAAGGCCCGCGGCAUCCUCACCGGCAAGGCCAGCCACACGGCGCCCUUUGUGAUCCACGACAUCGAGACAUUGUGGCAAGCAGAGAAGGGGCUGGUGUGGAAGCAGCUGGUGAACGGCCUGCCGCCCUACAAGGAGAUCAGCGUGCAUGUCUUCUACCGCUGCCAGUGCACCACGGUAGAGACUGUGCGUGAGCUCACCGAGUUCGCCAAGAGCAUCCCCAGCUUCAGCAGCCUCUUCCUCAACGACCAGGUGACGCUUCUCAAGUAUGGUGUGCACGAGGCCAUCUUCGCCAUGCUGGCCUCCAUUGUCAACAAGGACGGGUUGCUGGUGGCCAACGGCACUGGUUUUGUCACCCGUGAGUUCCUGCGAAGCCUUCGAAAGCCCUUUAGUGACAUCAUCGAGCCCAAGUUUGAGUUUGCUGUCAAGUUCAAUGCCCUGGAACUUGAUGACAGUGACCUGGCUCUCUUCAUCGCGGCCAUCAUUCUCUGUGGAGACCGGCCAGGCCUCAUAAAUGUGCCCCAGGUGGAGGCCAUCCAGGACACCAUCCUGCGUGCCCUCGAGUUCCACCUGCAGGCCAACCACCCCUACGCCCAGUACCUCUUCCCCAAGCUGCUGCAGAAGAUGGCCGACCUGCGGCAGCUGGUCACCGAGCACGCCCAGAUGAUGCAGCGCAUCAAGAAGACGGAGACGGAGACCUCGCUGCACCCGCUGCUCCAGGAGAUCUACAAGGACAUGUACUGAGGGUGUGCGCCUGGGGCCUCCAGGGGCAGGCGGACAGUGGGGACAGGCACCACCCACGGGACUUUUCCGUGGAGCAGCUCCCCCCCCACCCCAGCACCGGCCCCACAGGGCACUGCGCCCCACCGGAGCCGGGUAGGAGUCCCAUCCUGUGCUCGGACACGCGGCCUCUCGCCCCUGCUCUGCUCUCUGCGCUCCCUUCUGCCUCCUGCUCUUCUCAGGCCCCCUUUCUUCUCGAAUUUCCUCGGGCUCCCUCUCUUCCUCUCUCUGCAGGUUUCCCUCUUCCUUCCUCCCUCCGCCUUCUCGCUCCCCACCCCUGUGUCCUCUCUCCUCCUGUGAGACAGUUAGUGUUACUUCACCAGCAGCAUGGAACGGGUCCUCUGCUUUUGUCCGCCCUGUCCCCUGUCCCCCAGGGAGCGGGAGGGGUGGGCCCGCCCUCAAUCACCGCAAGGGUAGGGGCCUCACUUCUCCUGUCUUCACGGCAAAGGAUCUGGGCCAUCCAAAGAAACACUAAGCUCUCCAGGCCCGGCUUCCUGGGGAAGCCACUCAGGGCCUGGGCUGACUACGAGUCACCGAGUCGUCACCUCCCCCAGACUGUCACCAGCCUCCCCUCCCCAGCCAACCCCUCUCCAGCAGCACGCCCCAGCCCCACCGAUACCAACGCCCCCUGUUCUUUUCCCCAGUCUUCCAGGCCAGUGUCACUGAUGGUCCCCUGCGCUGGCCGCUGGGGGACACCCCCAGCCUGGAAGGAGGUGGGCUUCCCUCCAGGUGGGGCCCCCACUGAAGAGGAACAAGCCUCAAGGGCGGCAGAGGUUGGCAGGGGAGGCAGCCAGCGGUGUACUUAAUUCUGACCCCAGGCCGUGGGGUCACUGGCACACACACACACCCCACCACCACUCUGCACAGCAGCCACCGACCACAACUCCUGUUCUCCACUCAGUGCCAGGGCCUGGCCUCACAUGCAGCCGGGGACCCAGCUGAAGCCCACGCCCCCUCUCCCCGGAGCCGCCACUCCACACACACAAGCACUGACUCACUUUACCUGGUUCCACGCCCGUCACCCUCCCUUCCCUUCCCAGGGACAGAUGGGCCUGAGGGGCCUACAGGUGGAUGGGCAGAGCUGGGCCAGAUCCCUCGGUGGCCGGGGGUCUGCUGAGCCAGCCCAGCACCUGCUCAUGUGUGACAUCCGCUCAUCCCGACGUUCCCACCUCCCUCCCCUUCAAGCGUUUCACCCGGCUGGUCACUGAGCUCACCGUGCGCAGCCUCUGGUGACCAGAGACCUCGCCGGGCCCCGCUCCUCCCAGGGGAAGUACUAAGCCUGAGAGGAGGGGCUGAAGCCCAGCUUGGACGCUGUAUCUGAGCAGGAAGUCCGAGAGCCCACCCAGCCUGCUGCUCCAGGAAAGAGACUGGCCUGGAAGGGCGAGGGACUGGUGAGGGCCUCGGAGCAAGCCUGGGGAAGACCUGAGGCUAGAGCCCAGGCUUGCGGGGUCCUGCCCAUCCGCCCCUGCCUCCCCUGCCCUGGGCUCCUGCUCUACCAACGAGACUCUUUCCUCUCCCACCCCCACCCUAGGCUGACCAAGGAUUGGGGUUGGGGUGCUCCCUUUGAGCCAGCUCUGUGAAGGGAGAGAUGCUGUGCCUGACGCCCGCCCCCAGCUCGCAGUCCCCCCCCCAGGUCUGGUGCUGAGGAUAUAGCUCUUCUCAGUGUCUGAACAGUCUCCAAAAUCGAAAUGUAUAUUUUUGCCAGGAGCCCCAGCUUCCUGUGUUUUUAAUAUAAAUAGUGUACACAGACUGACAGAACUUUAAAUAAAUGGGAAUUAAAUAUUUAAGAGUUGA